GAAAGAAAAACACUGACAACGGUCCAAAUGGGAAAUGUAAAAAUUAAAUGACAAAUGCUAGUGAAGAUAACGAAAGAGAGAUAAGAAAAACGUAUGAUAGGAUUUGAAUCGUGUUGAGGAAUUUUAGAACCGAUUGGAGAUAAGUGCGUUUUGUAGGAAAUAACUUAGAAAAAAAUUAUAAAUUUAUAUUCAUGCAAAAUGAGUAUUAACACGGGACGCGUAGCUGGUGAUAUGCUUUACGGCACAACACUAUCUGCUGAAUCUAUGAAAGUGAUAGCAGAGAGCAUUGGUGUGGGUUCAUUACCGGAUGAUGCCGCCAAGGAACUGGCAGAAGAUGUCAGCUUUAAAAUUAAGCGAAUUGUGCAGGAUGCUGCAAAGUUUAUGCAUCACUCAAAACGCGAGCGUUUGUUGUUAAGCGAUAUUGAUCAGGCACUCAAAGUGCGCAAUAUAGAACCACAAUAUGGUUUCACGGCUAAUGAUUUUGUACCCUUUCGAUUUGCAUCGGGUGGCGGACGAGAAUUACAUUUCAUUGAAGAAAAAGAAAUGGAUUUAAAUGAAAUUGUGCAAAGUGGUGCACCCAAAGUACCAUUGGAUAUAACUUUAAGAUCUCAUUGGUUAGUAGUAGAUGGAAUUCAGCCGACUAUACCUGAAAACCCACCGCCAUUAUCGAAAGACUCUCAAGCAUUGGAGUCUGUAAACCCUAUAGUAAAAUUAGAACAAGGUGUGACAAAAGAUGCAGCAGGUAAACCAGCUACGGGGAAAAUACAUAAGCUACGUAAUGUGGAAACAGUGCAUGUUAAACAGUUAGCUACGCAUGAGUUGUCAGUAGAACAACAGCUGUAUUAUAAAGAAAUCACCGAAGCCUGCGUUGGUUCUGACGAACCGCGACGUGGCGAAGCGCUUCAGUCGCUGGCAUCAGACCCUGGACUGCACGAAAUGUUACCACGUAUGUGCACUUUUAUAGCGGAAGGUGUGAAAGUAAAUGUUGUGCAAAAUAACCUGGCGUUACUUAUUUAUCUGAUGCGUAUGGUGCGCGCACUCUUGGAUAAUCCAUCAUUAUAUCUAGAGAAAUAUUUACAUGAGUUGAUACCAUCGGUCACCACAUGCAUUGUCUCCAAACAACUAUGCAUGCGACCGGAAUUGGACAAUCACUGGGCAUUGCGGGAUUUCGCCUCACGUCUAAUGGCGAUGAUAUGCAAAAAUUUUAAUACCUCCACGAAUAAUCUGCAAACGCGUGUAACACGCAUCUUCAGCAAAGCACUACAAAACGACAAAACCCAUUUAUCUUCACUGUACGGUGCUAUUGCGGGACUAACAGAAAUGGGCGCGGAAGUGGUUAAAGUUUUCAUCAUACCGCGCUUGAAAUUUAUAUCUGAACGUAUUGAACCACUGCUGCAAGGCAACCAAAUGCAGAGUAACACUGAUAAAACAGCAGCUGGUCACAUACGCGCCAUGCUGCAAAAGUGCUGCCCACCAGUACUUAAACAAAUACGUCGUUCGCCAGAUUAUACAGAAGAAUAUAGAAAUGAUUACGGCUUUAUGGGUCCAGCACUAUGUCAGGCAGUAAUAAAAGCACGCAAUGCACCACCUUCAACCACCACGCCUACACCUAGCAGUAUUUCUAAUGCACCUAUUACCUCAGCGGCAGCUACUGCAUCAACGGUGGGUCGUCCACAAGUGGCGCAAAUUAAUUCUGUUGUAACGGCUAUACCUCAGUUGCGUGCCAUACAACAUCCAAGUCAACCACCACAAAAGUUUGUCAUCGUUUCGCAGGCGAGCACCCAACAAGCUCAACAACAACAGCAACAAGUACAACAUAUACAGCAGCACGCACAGCAACAACAAGUGUCGGCUAUACAUCAACGACCGGCGACACCGCAGUCGGUGUUGUUAACAACACAAUUGAAUGGUAGCGGCGGUAGUGGUGGUAGUGUGACUAAUUCGCUUUUGAAUAUAAGUGAUAGAGCGUCUGUCGACUCAAAUUCCAUUAUCAUUGAAACUGAAGAAAUACGCGCACCACCUGAGUUAGACGAUCUAUCGCAUUUGGAAUAAGACAAAAACGUACAAGAA